UAGGUCCUCCCCUCUGGGGGCUCGAACUUUGGUUAAGAAGAUGCAGCCCCAGCUUCUGGAUGCAGGGCCCCAGAGCUCGAGGGGCAGACGGAGACCAAGACCCAGAAUUCACAUCUGGUGUCAGCACGGACCCGGUGCCGUGUCCUCACCUGCCCUUCUCCCCUCUCCCGUCUUAGGCCCUGCUGCCUGGUCCCUGCUGACCAUGAACAAGAUGAAGAACUUUAAGCGUCGUCUUUCCUUAUCUGUGCCCCGCACAGAGACCAUCGAGGAGUCCUUGACCGAGUUCACAGAGCAGUUCAACCAGCUCCACAACCAGCGCAAUGAGGACCUGCAGCUCAGUCCUCUCGGCAGAGACCCCCAGCCGGCGUCCAGCACCUUCUCCCCGACAGACAGCGGGGAGGACCCUGGGCAGCUGUCCCCGGGCAUGCAGUACCGGCGGCAGAAUCAGCGCCGCUUCUCCAUGGAGGACAUCAGUAAGAGGCUCUCUCUACCCAUGGACAUCCGCCUGCCCCAGGAAUUCCUGCAGAAGCUACAGCUGGAGAGUCCAGACCUGCCCAAACCGCUCAGCCGCAUGUCCCGCCGAGCAUCCCUGUCAGAUAUCGGCUUUGGGAAACUGGAAACAUACGUGAAACUGGACAAACUGGGGGAGGGUACCUAUGCCACAGUCUUCAAGGGGCGCAGCAAACUGACAGAGAACCUCGUGGCCCUGAAGGAGAUCCGGCUGGAGCAUGAGGAGGGGGCACCUUGCACGGCCAUCCGAGAGGUGUCUCUUCUGAAGAAUCUAAAGCAUGCCAAUAUUGUGACUCUGCAUGACCUCAUCCACACGGAGCGGUCUCUCACCCUGGUGUUUGAGUACCUGGACAGUGACCUGAAGCAGUAUCUGGACCACUGUGGAAACCUCAUGAGCAUGCACAAUGUCAAGAUUUUCAUGUUCCAGCUGCUCCGGGGCCUUGCCUACUGCCACCGCCGCAAGAUCCUGCACCGGGACCUGAAACCACAGAACCUGCUCAUUAGCGAGAGGGGGGAGCUGAAGCUGGCUGACUUUGGCCUGGCGCGGGCCAAGUCGGUGCCCACGAAGACCUACUCCAAUGAGGUGGUGACCCUGUGGUACAGGCCCCCCGAUGUGCUGUUGGGGUCCACAGAGUACUCCACCCCCAUCGAUAUGUGGGGCGUGGGCUGCAUCCACUACGAGAUGGCCACGGGGAGGCCCCUCUUCCCCGGCUCCACGGUCAAGGAGGAACUACACCUCAUCUUCCGACUCCUCGGGACCCCUACGGAAGAGACGUGGCCCGGUGUGCUGGCCCUGUCGGAGUUCAGAGCCUACAACUUCCCCCGAUACCUCCCCCAGCCGCUCAUCAGUCACGCUCCCAGGUUGGACACCGAAGGCAUCCACCUCCUGACCAGCCUCCUCCUGUAUGAAUCCAAGAGUCGCAUGUCAGCAGAGGCCGCCCUGAGCCACCCCUACUUCCGGUCUCUGGGGGAGCGUGUGCACCAGCUCGAAGAUACUGCCUCCAUCUUCUCCCUGAAGGAGAUUCAGCUCCAGAAGGACCCGGGCUACCGGGGCCUGGCCUUUCAGCAGCCAGGACGAGGGAAGAGCCGGAGGCAGAGCAUCUUCUGAGCCGUGACCCCCCUGCUGCGGCCCGAGAGACGAGAGGUCACAGUGAGCACAACCACAGGCAGGACGGGGCCUGCGUGGCCCCAGCAGG